GCUGGUUCGUCAGCCGCUCCGUUCAAUCGUAGGAACGCUCUUGGUCGGUUCCCGGAGUGCCUUGCGGCUGUAAUGGCUGCCCCCAGUUGGCGCGGGGCUGGGCUUGUUCAAGAGGUGUUAAGGGUCUGGCAGGUGGGCCCUCAUGUCGCGAGGGAGCGGGUGAUCCCUUUUUCCUCACCCUUAAGCUUCCAACGGAGGUGCGUGUCCUGCGUUGCGGGGUCCGCUUUCUCUGGUCCGCGCUUAGCUUCGGCUUCUCGGAAUUAUGGCCAGGGCUCUGCCCUGGACCACUUCCUCGGAUCCUCUCAGCGCGACAGUUCGGUGACUUCUUGCGUCCCGGCGGUGUCCAUGCACAGAGAUGAGCAGGAUCUCCUCUUGGUCCAUCACCCUGAUAUGCCUGAGAAUCCCCGGGUCCUACGAGUAGUCCUCCUGGGAGCCCCGAAUGCAGGGAAGUCAACGCUCUCCAACCAGCUACUAGGCCGAAAGGUGUUCCCUGUUUCCAAGAAGGUGCAUACCACUCGCUGCCAAGCUCUGGGGGUCAUCACAGAGAAGGAGACCCAGGUGAUUCUACUUGACACACCUGGCAUUAUCAGUCCUGGUAAACAGAAGAGGCAUCACCUGGAGCUCUCUUUGUUGGAAGAUCCAUGGAAGAGCAUGGAAUCUGCUGAUCUUGUUGUGGUUCUUGUGGAUGUCUCGGACAAGUGGACACGGAACCAGCUCAGCCCUCAGUUGCUCAGGUGCUUGACCAAGUUCUCCCAGAUCCCUAGUGUCCUGGUCAUGAACAAGAUAGAUUGUCUGAAGCGGAAGUCAGUUCUCUUGGAGCUCACGGCAGCCCUCACUGAAGGUGAGGUCAACGGCAAAAAGCUCGAGAUGAGGCAGGCCUUCCACUCACAGCCUGGUACCCGUUGCCCCAGCCCAGCAGUUAAGGACCCAAACACACUAUCUGUGGGAAACCCUCAGAGGAUUGGCUGGCCCCACUUCAAGGAGAUCUUCAUGUUGUCAGCCCUAAGCCAGGAGGAUGUGAAAACACUAAAGCAAUACCUCCUGACACAGGCCCAGCCAGGGCCCUGGGAGUACCACAGUGCAGUCCUCACUAGCCAGACACCAGAAGAGAUCUGCACCAACAUUAUCCGAGAGAAACUCCUAGAGCACCUGCCUCAGGAGGUGCCUUACAAUGUACAGCAGAAGACGGCAAUAUGGGAGGAAGGACCAGGUGGGGAGCUGGUUAUCCAACAGAAGCUUCUGGUGCCCAAAGAAUCUUAUAUGAAACUGCUGAUUGGUCCGAAGGGCCAUGUGAUCUCCCAGAUAGCACAGGAGGCAGGCCGCGACCUCAUGAACAUCUUCCUCUGUGAUGUUGACAUCCACCUGUCUGUGAAGCUCCUCAAGUGACCACCCUCUACUGAUCCUCCCAGGACAUUCCAGCUCAAGCUGCUGGCAGGAACUGACCAGAUCUGUCCUUGGCUGGGGACCCUCCAGGGACUGGUGAGAGACAUGAACACUGACUGGCUGCUAGCUGGCCUGGCCCUGCUGAGUCUGCACAGUCCCUGCCCAGCUGUGUCUCCUGUUGGAAGAAGGAACUGGCCUUAGCUCAGUUUCCAGGUGGUUCCUCUGCCUGGGACCACAGCUACAAAGGUGUAGCUAAGAAGAUGGCUCAUUGGUGGGAGCAAUAUCACCCUACCUCCAGCUAGCUAUGGGCCCAGAGUUUCUCCCUGAGUCGCUGUUGCUGGUAGGGAGGUUUUCUCUUCCCGCCCUCACUUCCUUCACCUUGAACUUGGAUAAGAACUCGUGUCUCCUGAAUGAGGUAGCGCCUUCCAUCUGCUCCCCAGUUCUUGAUCUCUCCCACCCCAUCCCUCUCCCCAGUCUUGGAUACUAAUAAAAGACAGGCAUUCUGGUUCUCA